GCCAUCUCUGGAGAGCAUCUUUCGAAACCUCCAGACGAUAGAGAGAGCCAUUGUUUUUGGCAAAAUUAUUAGGAUGAACUAAAUGUGCUGGAAGCAUUGAUAAAGUUACUAAUCAGCAACCUUUGAUUGCACAACGCAAGACAUUUUUGAUCAAUCUUGAUCUGCUGAUGUUGAAGACACUAAAAGCUCUAUAAGCUAACUGGAACACAAAAUGCAUGAGCUAUUCAGACAAGUCCUGAAUGAAAAGGAUUUAUCAAGGGCUGGGGAGCUGUUUUCUCUGGAAGAUGAGCAAGUGGUUGGGGACUUGGAAGAGGUGCUGAAGAAGAUCUUGGAGGUGACAAGUCGACCAGAGUUUCUCAACAGCAUCAAUGAACAGAGUGUGGUGGAAAUUGCCAUUACCAGGGUCACAUCAGCCAUCAGGGACACGCAAACGAUUGAGGGGCACGCGGCGGCGCUGGUCCGUCUACUAGACUCCUGUCUACAGCACGACCUGAAGCCGUCUGAUCGCGAUGAAGACCCGCCGCACGCCAAGAUGGCCUCAGAUGUGCUUGCCUGCUUGUUUCUGAACUACAGCCGCCAGUCGGUGAUGGAGCUCGCCAUCCCCGUGGCCGUCCAGUUCUUCGUCAAAGGCAGUCGGGAGCUGAGCCGAAACCUGGCCGCCUACCUGUCUCUGGUUGCCAUCGAAAACGCUCAGCUGCUGGCUGACUACGUGCCGAACCUUAUGGAUAGCAUCGCGACAGGUAACUACCAGCUGACGCAGGUGCUGCCGCCCGUGUACCGUCUUCAGCCGGAGAGGUUCAACAGACACAUGGGCACGCUGGUGUCGGUGAUGCCGCUCUGCCUCGGCCAGGAGCGGCUGGCCAUCGUCGACCUGUUCCAGCUCAUGGCCAAACAACAGCCGCAGCUGCUGAAGUCGGCCGUGCCACAGCUCUGUGAGUACCUGUGCUCGCCCGCCAUCGCCGCCGCCACCGCCCAGGUCCUGGUCACCAUGACCGUGGCGGCGCCGCAGACCAUGGCCGAGCACGUCAACAAGCUGAAGCUGACGGUGGAUAACCAGCCGGCCGCGCUGCCGCACGUGCUGCCCGUGCUGGUGGCUUUCGGACAGCGCACCACCAGGAGCGUGGCGCGUGACCUGCUGCUGUUCCUGCUGACGCGGGCUGGUGUCUCCGACUGUGUGAGUGUGCACGCUCUGAGCCAGGAGGUGCGUCAGCUGGUGGCGUGUCACCCCACGCUGCUACCUCCGGCCCUGCUCCGGGACAUGGAGCAGCAGCCCGACCUGGCCGCGGCCGUACAGAAGCCCCGGUUAUAUCUCAGCACAGAGGAGGCCUCCAGACGUCUUUCGGACGACAACUGUGUCACCAUCGUGAAGGUGGGCUCUGGUGGCAGUCGUGAGCUGUGGUCGACCUCCUCACGAGACCUGCUGGCCUCGCGGGACCCGCUCAGGAAACUGGGGGACUCGAGCCGAUCCACGCCGCGACUGAACCAAAGCCGCACCAUUGCCAGCACGGCGUCCACGUCCCUGAUCGGACUGAAGGCGCCACUGCACAAGUCCAUGACACAGGUCAACCACUCGUCUCAGCUCAUCACCAGGUUCCCGGCCGGCUCCCGCGGCCAGCUGCCCUCCUCCCAGCGGGCGCUCAACAGUCUGACAGUGACACUCGGCGCUGGAGCGGAGACCGUCAGCGGGCCGCAGUCGGUCAGCGCCAGCGCCGGGACUCUCUCCGAUGAAGCGCCAACCACGGCUGCAGCCUCUCCUUCCAAUGGCUCCACCCGUCAGCUACCGGCCGCUACAGUGGCGGCGGUGACCGCGGCGGCUGCCGCCGUCGUCAGUGCCGCCUCUGCUGCCGCCCCCGCCGCCGCCCCCGCCCCGGCGACAACCACUGCCCCCGCCGCCAUCACCGCUGCCGCCGCGCCGUCCGCCGCUCCAGCGCCAGUUCCGACCGCGGCUCCGCGCUCUGUGCCCACCAUUCCACGCAGCCGAACGCCUGGUCCGAUGGGCGCCAGUGCCAGCCACCACACGGGCACGGUGCCUACCCAUUCGACCACCUCCCUGCCUGCCACGCCGGUACAGCGUCGAAACACCACGGUGACUCUCAUCAGCUCGGGCGGACAGCAGCCGACACCGCCCUCUGCUACACAGCGAAUCAGCGUGUUCGAGCCGUACCAGAUGCGGGACACGAUGCAGCAUUUCUGCGAGAAGCACCUGGACAAGAUCAAAGAGUACAUGCAGAAGGUGAUGGUGCGCCUGCCGCUGCCCGUCAAGUGCACCAUCGAAGAGCGAAAGAGUCGAAAGCAGGCCAAGCUGCACUUUGUGUGCCAGAUCCACGGUGAAUACUGCCUCUACAGCAAGUCCUUCUACCCCAUGAAGACCAAGAACCCGCGGACCUGGAUUCAUCUCAUGUUCCUAACGCUCCAAGCACGGGCCUCGUCGGCUCUCAGCAGCCGUGACCAGGGCCCCAACAGUCUGAAGAACUGCUGGGACACUCUGCGCUGGGAGUCCACCUCGUUCCUGGAGGUGGUCACCGGCUGCUUCCCCACUGCCAAGGAGACGGACGUACUACUACAGGAGCUGCGGAGCGCGCGCUUCUUCGACGUGUUCGAGUACAACGGAAUGCAGCAGCAGUGGGGCUGCUUCCUCUGCAAUCACCCCGAGAAGGCCGAGGGAUUCGUCAAGCCGGACCAGCCGGUGAUGGAGGGUCAGCUGAAGGAGAAGAAGGGACGCUGGAAGAUCUUCAAACGCUGGCGGACACGCUACUUCACUCUGUCGGGGGCUCAUCUCAGUUACAGAUGUUCUGAGCAACCGCGACUGGACAACCACGAGAUCGGCGUGCACGAGAUUCGCUCGGUCAAGGUCUCUCGCAGCGGGCGAAACAUACCCAAGGCUUUCGAGAUUUUCACCCACGACCGCACCUACGUGCUCAAAGCCAAGGACGGUAAGAAGACGGAAGAGUGGGUGCGCUGUCUGUCGGUGGCGGUGGCCCACCAGAACAGCCGACCACGCGCCGACACCAUCAGCCUGGGCGUCAACUCGGUGGGCAAUCUGCACAGCAUGCCGCAGCUGGCUACACUCUGACGCCAGGCACUGUGACCGAGGAGUGUUUACGGUCUGCUGGUAAGGGAUUGAGGGUCGUCUUCUGAGGAUCGAAGAGGAUCGAGCUCGGUUGCUUAGAGACUGAGGGCUGAGGGCUGUCUGGAGCCAUAUCUGGAGGGCCGACGAUCGUACUUUUGGUCGCUUUGAGACUGAAUUGAGUCUAGAAUCGAUCACUGAGGCUCCGACUGCUCGCUGAAAGAUUGUGAAGUACCAUGAUUGGUCGCUUGGACCCUUGACGGUCGCUGGGGCUCGGAGUAGCGCCCUCUUCCGUUGUUUAGAUUAAUCAGCGUCUCUAUUCCGUUAUUGACGACUCCAUCCCUUAAGUGGAAAUUGAGAAACGCCAUGGUCUGAGCCCCAACAGUGGGGUGGGCUGCAGCCAGCUUCAUCUGCCCGCAGAAGCAGCUGAGCACUGGGAGGACGCUGUUCGUUAAUGUUGCACGUGAACGCAGACGGAUGGCCUCCUGUAUUGGUGGGGCGAACGUGAUGUGUAAAGGAGUAACUUGAUCGUGGAACGGUGACGCCUGCCUGGUGAGAGGCGUUGUAGAGCUCCGCUGUGAAGCUGAGGCGCCGCAAAAGCAUGACGCAGCUAGCUAUCCGGCUCAAGUAAUGAAGUGACUGAUGUUUUUAUCACUCGACACAGAGCUGUCUUCCUAGGGAAUAAUGAGGGGCAGCUGGGCAUUCGGUGCUCACGUCGCCAGUUUUAUUCUAUCGAUGGUAGCUGUAUGCAUUCAAUCAAAUGGUGGCAAAAGUCACAAUGAAUAUUGUGCUUGGUGUGCAGUUUUUGCGCCCCCGGAGGCACGAUUGUCCCACAUUGUGCGAACACAACUUAUUCUUCCUGGGCUGUUGUAGCAUAUUGACUUCGUGAGGUCCGUGAAAGAGAUGAGAGGUGGUGUUCGCCAACACAUUCCUGGGUGAACGCUCUAUAGUUGGGCUGUCACGUGAUAUGGCGUGCUUCCCACUGAACUCCUGCAGGCUCGGUCACGUGGGUCAUUAGGAUGCCAUGCCAGACGAGAGAUUUAUAUUUUGUCAGUGCAUAGUAUGAGCUCACUCCGCGUGCGAUUACCGUACUUCGGGCGGCUGUAUGUUCUUGUGCCUUAUUUUAUGCUCCAUGGAUGAGGUGCCUUGCGCUCGGGUCAGAUAAUGCUUCGGCGAGGUUGUCUAUAAUACUGUAUCCGCGUCGCUAUUGUAACUGGAAUGCUGUACGAUCCGAUCCGGCCCAGCUAGCUGUGAGGGAUUUUAGCAUUGACUCGUGUUACCACACGCAAUGGUACAAACAGACAGACUGUGGAUACCGGCUUGCCGUGGAGCUGCCAGAUUUGCGCUGUCUUCCGGCCGCCGGCCUGAUUUUCUGACAUUCCUGACGCUCUAAUUGGGGCCGCGCUUAGAUAUUAGCUUGGUGUCACUCCAGGAUUUCCCUUCGCGAGCUAUUGGAUGUAACAAGCAUGCUUUAAAUAACUCGACUGUGGGACAUUUUGGUACGAUUAUUUCCAAGAGGUAUACAUAAUAGUGUGAAUGAUGUGAAUAUUAUUGCGAUCUGCGAUUGAGGCUUGGGUAUUGGCUGCCAUUUUGUUGACGCUAUUCUCCUCCCUGAUAGAUGGCAGCAGUUUCGAGUGUCCUUGGUCGCGUGACAUGACCUUUUCCGGUCCGGAAAGUUCAGUGUGGCCACCGUCUUUCACAUUUUCCUGUUCGGCCUGACGGUGCCGAUCUAUUUCAGCUCGGGCAUCCUCGGCAUUAAUUACACGAGAUCGCCCCGUUUUGUACUUACUUGAAUUUAUAUUUAUGUGUAUUUAUCGCUGAAGAUAAUGGCCCGAAGCUGGGCAAAUAAAUGUUUUAUAUUUUGUGGUUAA